CUACUCUGUCAAAGAAACUUGUGACACUCAUCAAUCAUAAACUAUAGAAAUAGAUAAAGAUAACUUUUGUUAUCUAUUUAUAGAAAUGAUUAACAUCUUAGAAACUUCUAUGUUCUGCCGUCUGUCACAUAUGCCCAGAAAAAAACUAAAAAUGGUGCUGACAUCUGAAACAUUAUAUAAGUUUAUUAGUUAGUGCUUGAACAAAAUACAUAAAAACUAAAUCGAAAGUUGGAUUUAUUUAUUUAUUUAUUUUUUUUUACAAAAUUUGUUAUAUUUUGACUCUCAGCUGUCAACAUUGAGUGUACCGAUAUCUACCACACAAAAGUAAUAAAUUAACAUAUAUCAACUGUUGUCAAAUCAACUUUUCUCUGUAAACAACAUGGCAGUUAUCAUUGCCAAGUAUACCUAGCAAUAUUCAUAACCGGAAAGCAUAUCAACAACAUGUUUAUGUGCAAGUGUUAUCGUACGAAUUCUCCAGAAAAAGAUAUGCAAAUAAAACUAAAUCUAUGCCAACAUGCUAAUUACAGUGUGUUUAUGUGAUAAAUUUGAUUUCGCUGUCUGUUGACCAUUAGCUCUGCUUGAGAACAAAGAAGGCAGUUCUCUAGAUAAGCUUCCAGUAGCCUACAUUGUGUAAAAGUAAUGGAGAUGAUGAAAGCUGUUAUAGAGUUAAAAGUUUAUAUACAUAGAAAACUAAAUUAUACAAAUUCUGUGAUCAUAUAACUGAAAGUGAUAUUUCUGCGACUAGUUAACUAAUGAAUAUUAUAAUAAGAGUGCAUUAGUCGUCAAGAAUUUAAUGUUUAUAGAAAACCUAACUUAUACAAAUUCUAUGAUCAUAUAAUUGAAUGUGAUAUUUCUGCAGGGAGUUAUUUUAUGAAUAUCAUAAUAAAUGUGUAUGGUUUAAUCAGCAGUAUGUUGUCGGCUGUGUUUAACAAACUGUCGAGUAAAGGUAUGUCGAACAUGUUGACAUUAAAUAUACGAUAUAAUUGUAACAAUAUAACUUCUAUUACUGUGAAUCCUGAAUGUACGGUUGGAGAACUGAAGAAAAUCCUAAUAGAAAAAGUAGGCAAUAUACCGGAGAGAGACUUAGGUAUUAUACUUGGUGGACGUUUACUAGAAGACGAUACAGUUUUACAGGAUUGUAAUUUAGGAGCUCAAAGUACUUUACACGCCUACAGACAGAAAUUACAUAAUGCUGUCAGACCAGUUGAUUGUAUCAAGUAUCAGUAUUAUGUUUACUGUAAAAUAUGUAAAAGUUUAAAACCAGGAAAAUUAAGAGUAAAAUGUUCAACAUGUCACGAGGGAGCUUUUGUUGCUGAUCGGGGACCCGAUGGUUGGCAUGACAUAUUGGAGGGACAGAGAAUAUCAGGAGUAUGUCAGAAUGAAAGUUGUCAUGGCAACAUGGCGGCAUUUUACUUGAAAUGUGCUGUGAAUCAUGAUGAAAAUACCGACGGUACAGCAGUAGGAUUACAUCAUAUUCGUCCUAACUCACGACAAGUAGCCUGUAUAGGCUGUACACAGAUUCAAUCACCUUUAUUAGUUUAUCCAUGUGAAGAUGGUCAUGUGACAUGUUUAGAAUGUUUUAAGAUAUAUUGUAUAGUUAAACUCAAUGAAAGAAAGUUUGAAGAAGAUGAGAAGUAUGGUUAUACUUUACCAUGUCCAGUUCGCUGUGAUAAUUCCUUGAUACAAGAAAGUCAUCAUUUCUGUUUACUUGGUGAAGAACAGUAUGAAAGAUAUAAAAGAUUUGGUGUGGAAGAAUUUGUAUUAAAAGAUGGCGGAUUAUUAUGUCCUGCUAUAGGAUGUGGUAAUGAGGUUUAUCCACCAGAAAGUCCGAAUCAAACUCGAUCUUUAAAAUGUCCUCUAUGUCAGUUUGAGUUUUGUGUAGACUGUAGAUGUGGUUCACAUGAAGGAGAUUGUAGUUUACAACCAAUAGCUGGAGCUAACAGUGAUGAUGAUGUUUUAGUAGAUAGAGAAUGUGCUGAAAGAGCCAGAUGGGAAUCACAGACCCAGGAAACAAUUCGUAAAACAACUAAACAAUGUCCAAACUGUAAAACACAAACUGAAAAAGAUGGUGGUUGUUCUCAUAUGAACUGUUCAAGAUGUGAUUAUGAAUGGUGUUGGAUGUGUGAAAUAGAAUGGAACACUGAUUGUCAGGGUGAUCACUGGUUUGAUUAAUAUAAUUCUCAAACUACAUCCGGGUUGUAUGUGAGGACAUAUAUUCUCUUUAAAUGCAUAUUAUUAAAUAUUUUGUAUAAUAAUAUUCUACCAUUUAUUUUGAAGUUUUUUAUACUUAAACAUACAUUAUGCAAGAGCUAAAUCUGCCUAUUGCAGGUCUUUCUUUAGGCUUAAAAUAUUUUCUAAAUUAUUAAUUAGACAUUAACUUAUCAAGGCCAUCAACUCUCGAUGGCAUCGGAUUUCUCCAAUAUUAGAUUAGAACAGUUCAGCCAUAUUUUGAUUUAAGCUAAAAAUGGAGGAGCGAGACUUCACUUCAAACAACCAGUACAGAGGUUGAAAUUAUUGCACACGUCUUGUCAAACCUUCAAAGGCUAAUAUCUUCGAUGGCAAUAGAGUAAUUUGAAUGAAAUUUUCAAAUUAUUCAUUUUACAUUAUCUAUUUUUGAACUAUUAUAGUAAGAAUGGCUAGCUCUUUAUCUAAAUCUUACAUAAUGUAUCUUUAACCAUGAAUAAUGAUAAACUAUAGUAUCAUACAUCCGGAAGGGCAAAAUGAAAUAAAAGGCUUGAUGCGUCUUUUUCAAUUUUGCUAAAAUAUUAAAUUUGUGGUGGCUUUUUCCACGCUGAUUAUUUAAUGUUUAAUUAAGAAAACAAAAUCAAAAUACCAACGCUAGAUUAACUCUCGGAUUGGUUUCACUCGGAUUUAGACUUCUCCACUAACAAUAAAAGAUGGUGGCAUCUUGUUAUAGCAAGCAUCAUUUCAAUUUAUCAUAACUUUGAACCACUGAACCAAUAUUCCUAUUAGAGAUUUAACUUUCACAAUAUUGUAGUUUGCAAGUGAUUUCGCUAAAAGGACGCAUCAAGUCUUUAAUACAAAAUUUCAUCAUGAACUCUUGUGUUCACAUUACUGGAUAAACCAGGCCCCGGUUUCACAAAGCAUUCUCAAACUUAGAAUUUGGUAAAAGGGGUGGGGGGGGGGGGACAGCAACACUCCCUUAAAAAGAGUAACAUUGGCUGAAUUUACUCAACUUUCAAUCACUGUUAUGAGAAAUGUCUUUGAUCCAGAAACACAAAACUUUGAACAUAGUUUUAUAUUGAUGUAUUUGAUACACUAAAACAAAAAAAGUUUUAUAAA